AUGCCGAUAAAGACAAAGGAAAUAAAAGGAAUAUUAGUACCCAUAGAGGAACAAGUAAAUAAAUUGAAAGGACUCAUAAACGGUAACUCUCCUGACCAAAAUGACUCUGCAUCAACAAAGUCGACACUUUUUGAGCAACUGGAGUGUCUGGGAGAAAAAUUUGACGCUCUAUCGAAAGAAGACGUUAGCGAUUACGAAGAGAUGGAAUCAAAGAUUACUACUAUCGUCGAGGAAUUUUGUUCUCUAGAAUACAUGAACGAGUCUAUUGAAGCCAUCAACAAACAAAUGGCAGACCAAAUAUUAUCCACCGUACUGGAUAAGUUUAAAUUGGCUCUUGAAGCUCUAGAAAAAUUGGAAUGUUUGCCAUUGAAACAAAGAUUGAUGGAUUGUCUGGACUAUAUCAGGGAAAUGGGUCAAGCCAAUGAAAUUGAACAUUUCCAGAACAUAAAGGAAUUGGGCACUUCCAUUUUGGAAUUACUUGGACCGUUACAAAUAUAUAGGAAGAGCUUGGUAUGUCGAUCACUGGGAGAGAAGAUUGUACUGUAUUUGUGUCAAUUGUGUGCAGCAUUUAAACUGUUGGUGCAAUUAGUACAAGAGCAGCACCAACUAAAUGCAUCCAUCUAUAAUUGCAAGAAAUAUGUCUGCGAAAGACUUUGUUUUUGCUUGAAGAUGAUAAUAGAAUUGUUGGAUAUGUCAGAUCCGUUAUUCCAAGAUGAAAUACCCGAGCGAGAAAAUCAUUUUGUGUACAGGAUGGACUUGGCAUUGGAUAUUUUAUCGGAAAUGCCGAAUAAAUCGCAACAGGAUCAAACAGUGGAAUGUAAGGAAUUAUGGUUUCGAAUAGAAGAUGUGUUCUCGUAUGCGAUGGCGAUCGCACAAGUCUGCAAGCCUUGUAAUUUUAAAGCAAUAACCGGAACCUGUCAGUCCAUUAUAUCAGAAUACGAGAAUUUAAAGUUUCAAUUAACGUCCGAAUCGUCCGAUACAGCACUUAAUAACUUGUUCAUCAACAGCUUGACCGACGCGCUUUAUCGACUAGAGCGUAAGAUUAAUGUAUCGGUAUUGAACCUUGUUAUGGAGGUCUUUAGCGAUCCAUUUCACGCGUUGAGAAAACUUGUUACUAUAUGUGGCAAUUCCCUAAGCGCUAUCAAACGAUCGAAAAACGAUUUGACUAACGCUAUAGAAGAUUUCGAUCAGAUCAUAGACAAAUCUAUGCAAAUUGGAUUGUUUGCUAUUGCCUCGUGCAAAGAUAGAAACCGAAUCAAUCAAAUACGAAAUUGCUUAGCGAGUCUGGAAUCUUUGGAAACCGAAUUGAUUUCGGCCAUUGCUACCUUUUACUUGCAUCCAGAAAGCAAAGAAAUGCGGGCAAAUGUAAAACUCUUAACUGCACAAUGGCAAUUUGAAGUUAACAAGUUGCACGAUGCGAUCAAUCUGAUUAUGGAUUCGGCAGCUUAUUGUCAGGUGGUCUUAGACGAUAUUCAAGAUCGUAUCGCGGUAAUGUCUAAUUACCUCGACAAUAGAAAACCUAUCACACAAGCGCAAGUACAAAGCGUCGUGCUCAGAUCUUUGUCGCUUUCUCGUCAAAUUAGCACGACCAUAAACGAUAUUGGUAGUGACAUCAUAGAAAGGCAAACAAUAAUGAUGCUUGGAGAAUUAAAAGCUGCGAUAUUCGAGGCUGACGGUGCUUCGAAAAGUCUUCUAACAGAUAAUGCUACGGAACCACAACAAUUGCGGGUGAUAAAACGAUGCGAACUAAUCUUAAAUGUGGUAAAAAGGCUAAAUCCCGCUUUAGUUGCAAUUAUGAAUAAUACAACUUUGAUGAACGCAAGUUGGAAUGGGAAAAACAGCAAAGGGCAGGGUGAUACUAUGCAUGAUGUAACCAAUAGAACGGCAUCUACGGUUUACGGAUUACCCGACGAUCAUCAGAAACCUCUGACAUACGUAAGAACUCCCUAUACAGUGAGCAGUUGCAAAUCACCUUUAUCUAUACAGACCGCGAAUAGCGUCUCUAGAACACAACUGAAUCUAUCCUGCUUGAUCCCCUACAUUAAAAAGGGACGUGAAAUGCGCACAGAACGUUCAGUUAUGUAUAAAACACCGCACAAAGAUGACUCCUCGAUUAAAAAUGAGAGUAGAUUAAAUACGAGAAAUUUGACUACUAUCAGGCAACAUCUUUUCAGUAGAGAUAAUAUUGGUUCUCACGAUGAUAUUUGUUUGUCUGAAGAAAGUAUCAAUCUGACAGGUAUUCUAGAAAGGUUUGUAACUUCUUGUUCAACUUUGAACACAACCACGCCCAAAUCUCACCACGUGGAGAAAACUCAACAAUACGCAGCAGCUACUGACAACGAAUCGGAUAAGAAUUCUGUUAGACACUUGACAGAAUCUUUGGUCGAAUGUAUCGAAACUCAAUCUGGAAUGACAACUGCCAAAAUCACUCAGUGUUCAUCGAUUGGCGGAGGAGACGGUCCAUCGAUCGUAGAAGUAUCAAAAACUUACGAGGACGUUCAACGAUUAAGUAAAAACGUCGAAAUAACACAGAAACGAUUAUUUGGAGAUUAA